AGCAUGGACCGCUUCUUCGCGAUGCUGGAGGGGAGAGGUCCACCUUCCGGAGAACCUGCCCUUCCCAGAGGGUGGAGGCUGCAGGAGGAGGUGGAGGAAGAGGGAAGGGCAUCCAGACUCCUGGCUGCCAUGGCGCAGGAGUCGCUGACGUUCCGGGACGUGGCCGUGCACUUCACCUGGGACGAGUGGAGCCGCCUGAACCCCGCACAGAGGAGCCUCUACCGGGAGGUGAUGCUGGAGACCUUUGAGAACCUCGUGUCCCUGGGGCUGCCCGUGUCCAAGCCUCGGGUCAUCUGCCAGCUGGAGAGAGGAGAAGCCCCAUGCCUGCCCGAGUCAGAGGUGCUGGCCGGCCCUGGUCCAGAUCCCUUCUAUUCAAGAACUAAGUAUGAAAUAAAUGACUGGAUUCCAAAGCCCAGCCUCUUUAUGGGAGCAUCAUUCAAGAAAAGCACAACGACCAAGAAUGAUCCCUGGCAUUCCAAGAUAUUAGAAGCUUGGGAACUCGAUGCCAUGGUAGAGGGCCAGAAAGGUAACCAAGAAUUACAAUCCCAAACAAUCCCAGUGACCUCCAGAAAACCUUUUAAUAAAGCAAGCAUCCCCGAAUGCAAUGCAGUCGAGCGGAGUUUUGGUCUAGAGUCGAUCUUUGAUCCACAACAGAGAGUCUCUACAGAGAAGAGUCUUCAUAAAUAUAAUGCUCUUGUCAAGAGCUUCAAGCAGUUCUCAGACUUAAUUGAUUGUAAUAGACUCUCCUUAGGAAAGAAGCUUUGUAAAUAUAAUAAAUCGAAGAAUCCUUUCAGUUACCACUCAGACCUCAUUCAGCUCCAUAGAAUGUAUAAUGGCGAAAAGAUAUAUGAAUGUAAUGAAUGUGGGAAAACUUUUGGGAAAAAAGCAUACCUUACUCAACACCAGAGAAUUCAUACUGGGGAAAAACCCCAUAAAUGCAAUGUAUGUGGAAAAGCCUUCAGUCAUAGGGAAAAUCUUACUCAUCAUAAGAGAAUUCAUACAGGAAAGAAACCCUAUCAGUGUAACGAAUGUGGCAAAGCCUUCAGUCAGUGGGGAACCUUAACUGCCCAUCAGAGAAUUCAUACUGGAGAGAAGCCCUAUAUCUGUAACGAAUGUGGAAAAGCCUUUUGCCAAAGAGGAACCCUUAACGUACAUAAGAGAAUUCACACUGGAGAGAAACAUUUUGAGUGCAAAGAGUGUGGGAAAGCCUUUAGCAACAAUUCAUGCCUUAAUUUACAUCAGAGAAUUCAUACUGGAGAAAAGCCCUAUAAGUGUAAUGAAUGUGGGAAAGACUUCCGACACAGGGCAUCUUUUAUUUAUCAUAAGAGAAUUCAUACUGGUGAGAAACCCUUUGAAUGUAAUGAAUGUGGGAGAGCUUUCAGCAAGAAAGGAAAUUUCAUUGAACAUCAGAGAAUUCACACUGGAGAGAAACCCUUUAUAUGUAGUGAAUGUGGGAAAGGCUUCAUCAACAACACCCGCCUAAAUCUCCAUCAAAGAUUUCAUACUGGAGAGAGACCCCAUAAAAUUCCUGUAAAGAAACCCUUUGUGUGUAAUGAAUGUGGGAAAGCCUUUAGCCAAAAUUCAAAUCUCAUUCUACAUCAGAGAAUUCACACUGGAGAAAAACCUUUUGUGUGUAAUGAAUGUGGGAAAGCCUUCAACCAGAAGGGGAACCUUAAUGAGCAUAAGAGAAUCCAUACUGGAGAGAAACCCUUUAUCUGCAACGAAUGUGGGAGAGCCUUUAGCCGGAGAGGGCACCUUACCGAACAUAAGAUAAUUCACACCGGAGAGAAGCCCUUUGAGUGUAGUGAAUGUGGGAGAGCCUUCAGAAGGAAGAGACAUCUUACUGAACAUGUGAAAAUCCACACCCGAAAGUAACCCUUGGAAAAUGAGAAGGGAAAAAGCCCUCAGCCAGAUAAAACACCUUCAUGAACGUCAAAAAUUCAUUCAUGGUGAGAAUCCCAUUGUGUAUUAAUGAGGAAAAAGCUUCAAGAUCCUUAGGAAGAAAUUAAAGAAAAACAUGAUUCAUGGAAUAAUGAUGGGGAAAUUUGGGUGACUGAGUUCAUCUCUCACAUAAUAUUCAGAACUUAACUGCUGACUCCAGCUGCAGAACUGGAAGGGACCCUAGUGUCUUUGUAAUCUAGCAGCCUCAUUUUCUUU